AUGUUUUUCCAAAGGAUUGAGAUGUGUAAGUGUAUCAUUGGAGUUGCUGUUGUCCUUCCCCUCCUUUUCGCGCUGCUCACCCCAUCAUGGCGACCUCAGCACUCGCCGUUCAUAUUUGCGGCGAGUGCUGAGACCGAGCCCAGGAGCCGCGUGCCAUUCCUGGCCCCUUUUGCUGAAGUCAGCAAACAGUCCUUGAUCCCUUCUAGCGCGAAUGGUGUUUCUGAUCUGCAGGUGCGCCGACCCACCCGAUCGAAAGGAAGAGAGCAUCACAGGACUGCUGCACGCAACUCUUCUCGUGGGACUGGGAAACUGUGGUUUCCCGGCGGAUCGGUGGCUCCUGACAACGCACCAGAAGACGCAGCGGAGCUUCGCGGUUCUAUCCCGAAGGCAGCCCACGAAGAAAUUCGCAUGCAGAGGGAGGCCAGCAACGAUGACGCGCCCCUGCCAGCGCUGCCACGUGCUGGGAGUUCGCCGACGCCUUCGUUCGACAACAAAAAGACGAGGGACCCCCAUGGAGGAGAAAAAACACAGCAGUCAGCAGAGAAAUUCCGGGACAAAAGGGAUUCGAUGCCGGGACCGGACGCAACGCAGGAACAGGCAGGCAACUUUCGUGCCAGCCCACGUGGCCUCGAGGAACGGCUCCGACGGCGUUAUGCACGAGAUCGCAAGAAGGCUCUCAAGGUCGAGGCGCGGUGGAAGGUCGGAAUUCUCUUCGUCUCGAUUUGUCUCCAAAUUCUCGAUUCAUACAUUUUUAUCUACAGAGAAUACUACGACAGGAUGACAGUAGCCCGUAGUGGGGGAACACGAACACUCGGGACAUUAAGCUUUCGUUUCUUCCACCACCCUCUUGUUUUCUACUCGUUCCUCGCCAGAAACAUCCUGUCUUUGUGGCAGGUCCUAAACUGGCUGAACGAGUACCACAACUUUGAUUAUUCCGCGGUGCUGCCGCUGUCCCGUAGGCGCCAGCCGGUCACCUCGCCGGCCGCAGCCGUGCGGAAGGAAUGA